AUGGACUCGUCAACUCCUUCAGAAGACUCGAGCAGUCCGCUGCAGUCGCCCUCAUCCAUAACCUCUCCGACAGAGUCCCCAGACUCGACCCGUCCACACAUGACGCCUCACUCCGUUUCUUCACCUCCACCUACCUCAGCCAACAACAUGACACAGUCGUCCACCCCUCUGGGUAAUGUCAAUGCUGCGAGACGACCUGCUCCCACCGUCAGCACCCUCGGUCGUGGAGGCGCUGUCGACCCUGAUAUUCUUGCCAGAAUGAAGGCCUUCCACCUGAACAGACAAGGUGCUCCUGCUGCAGGUCGCAACCCCCCAAGUACUCCUGGCGCUACAACUCCUGGCGCUGGCGGUCCAUCACCCACCGGUCCCCAGAUGCAGAUGCCUGGUGGUCUUCCUGCUAACUUCCGUAUGCCACCUGGCGUGCCCGGCAGCCGCCCGAAUCCUUCCAGCUUUGCUUCAUCCCCCAACGUUGGCGCUGGCAGAGGCCCCUCACUCGCUGAAAAGCGUGGUCUCAAAAUGCCUGGAGGUCUUCCUGGAGCUCCUCCAGCCGCCGGUGGCAGACAAAAACCUAAGAUGACCUUGUCCAGUAUGGGCGGUGGUGCCAAUGGCGACUCGGCUCCUCCCAAGCAAGAAUCCCAAAUGGAUCGAUACGCUGAAUACAUUGACAAAGAGACUGGUAGUCUGAAAUUCGCGGGCAAAGCCGUCCUUAACAGCAGAGGAGUCCAGUUCUCAUCAGGUCAAUCAUUCCAGAUUUCGCUGGACGAAGUCGACACUCUUGAUGAGCUGGGCAAAGGAAACUACGGUACAGUCUACAAGGUCCGUCAUUCAAGACCGCAAAUGCGCAAGGUCGGUCAAGGUUUGGCUGGUAACAAGGCCGCACCCGGCGAAACAAGAGACGAGACGGCCGCUCCUCGCGGAAACACAACAGGCAUAGUCAUGGCCAUGAAGGAGAUGCGUCUCGAACUCGAAGACUCAAAGUUCGCUACCAUCAUCAUGGAACUCGAUGUCUUGCACCGUUGCGCUUCUCCCUUUAUCGUCGACUUUUAUGGUGCCUUCUUCCAAGAAGGAGCCGUCUACAUCUGUAUGGAGUUCAUGGACGGUGGUUCCAUGGACAAGUUGUAUGGCGACGGUGUACCUGAAAACGUCCUCCGCAAGGUCACUCUUGCGACAACGCGUGGUCUCAAGUCUCUCAAAGAUGAACAUAACAUCAUUCAUCGCGACGUCAAACCAACCAACAUUUUGGUCAAUACGGCUGGUGCCAUCAAGAUUUGCGACUUCGGUGUCAGUGGAAACCUCGUUGCUUCGAUUGCAAAGACAAAUAUUGGAUGUCAGUCAUACAUGGCUCCUGAACGUAUCAGCUCUGGUGGAGUCGCUCAAGCUGGCGCCAAUCCUGGCGGCGGUACCUACAGUGUUCAGAGUGAUAUCUGGAGUUUGGGUUUGACCAUCAUUGAGUGCGCCAUGGGCAGAUACCCUUACCCGCCCGAGACAUACGACAACAUUUUCAGUCAAUUGAGUGCCAUUGUAGACGGAGAGCCGCCAGAUCUUCCUACCGGCGAGUUCAGCGACGCAGCACGCAACUUUGUUGCAGGCUGUCUAAACAAGAUCCCCAAGCUUCGACCCACAUACGCCAUGCUCCUUCAACACGCAUGGCUUGCCCCAUUGAUGAAGCCGGAUGUUAUUUCGGAAGAAGAUGAAGAGGCAGCCGAAGCCGAGGAAGCAGCCGAAGCCGACGCAGCACAAGGAGAAGGUCUUGGUGCAUCGGAGAGUGAUAAAUGGGUCGACCGUGAGGUUGGUGAAUGGGUGCGCGGACAGAUUGAGAAAAAGAGAAAUGGCACAUUGGGCAAGAAGGCGAAGCCUGCACUCCACGCCGCACCGCUCGAUGCCACAUCCAGCACCAAGUCCAACAAGGGUGCAGUGGCAGUAUAA